GCGCGAGAGAGAAAUCUCCCCCUCCCAAAAUCACUGCAUCACAUAAACGAGGGGGGUGCCAGGAGGGGGGGUCCCUUCCGAUCCUCCCUCCUGACACCCCCCCAGCAGGCCCCCUCCCCCACCAUUGAAAGCCAUGAAUUUUGAAUUUGAGAGGGAGAUUGGGUUUAUAAACAGCCAGCCAUCGCUCGCGGAGUGUCUGACUUCCUUCCCCGCUGUCUUGGAGACAUUUCAAACUUCAUCAAUCAAGGAGUCGACAUUAAUUCCUCCUCCUCCUCCUUUCCAGCAAACCUUCCCCAGCCUCCAGCCCAGCGCCUCCACCCUUCAGAGGCCCGGGAGCCAAAAGCUAGCUGAAGAUGGGCCCACUCUGCCGCCGCCGCCGCCGCUCCCCGCCGCCCCCCCAGCCCCUGAGUUCCCCUGGAUGAAAGAGAAGAAAUCCGCCAGGAAACCCAGCCAAUCCGCCGCGGCUCCUUCCCCGGCCGCCUCCACUGUCCCGGCCUCUGGGGUCGGAUCGUCUGCAGAUGGCCCGGGACCGCCGGAGGCCGCCGGCGGCGGGGCGCGGAGACUGCGCACCGCUUACACCAACACGCAGUUGCUGGAGUUGGAGAAGGAAUUCCACUUCAACAAGUACCUGUGCCGACCGCGCCGCGUCGAGAUCGCGGCCUUGUUGGACCUCACGGAGAGGCAGGUCAAAGUCUGGUUCCAGAACCGGCGCAUGAAGCACAAACGGCAGACGCAGCACCGGGAGCCAUCGGACGCGGACCCAGCUUACCCGGGCGCCUUGGAGGACACCAGCGACCCCGUCGAGGAGCCUGCGACCAGCCCUGGAGGCCCCUCCGCUUCGCGGGCGGCGCGGGAAGCCUAUUCGCACCCACUGGAGGUCUCCUCGGGGGACCGGGGUGUCCCGCGCCCCCGGCCUUUGGGGGCUCGUGUGGAGGGUGCGGGCGUACCAAGCCCGGGCUGCGCGCUGCGCGGGUCCGGCGGGCUAGAGCCCGAGCCGUUGCUGGAAGACGCCUUCCCCGAGCGGCAAGAUUCUCCUUUCCUGCCCGACCUCAACUUCUUCGCGGCGGACUCCUGUCUCCAGCUCUCCGAGGGCUUCUCCCCCAGCCUGCAGGGCUCGCUUGAUAGCCCGGUUCCCUUUUCGGAGGAAGAACUGGACUUCUUCACCAGCACGCUCUGUGCCAUCGACCUGCAGUUCCCCUAACCCGUUCCCUCCUCCCCGGCCCUUUUGACCCCCGCCCCUUGGGUCGUCUGCUGGAAAAACCGAGGACCCCCCCUUUCCCCAAGUCGCAUAGACUUCUUUAUGUGUUUUGCUGACAUUCAGGUAUUAUUGAAUUAGCAUUUAACCCACUCCCUUUCUUCUCUUUCUAAAAUAUUGGGCACUCGGGCUUCUUUUAAAUAUCACACAAAAAAAUUCCGUUUGGUAGACUCCUUCCAACGAAAUCUCAGGAAUAAUUAAACUGGGGGGGGGGCUUUCUCAAAAAGAACUAGAGGGACCUAUUUUCUCUCUCUCCCUGUUUCUCUUUCAAGUUUUAGACUGUAGAUUAUUUAUUAAAAUUCUUUAAUAGGAAAAGGGGAAAGUAUUUAUUAUACAUUAUUUUCAUAGAUUAAAUAAAUGUUUUUAUAAUACAA